AGUUUCAUUCGAUGAGCAACGAUUGAAAACUUUUGUUUACGACAAGGAUACCGUUGAUAGCUCAUCAGAAAUAUUUCAUAUCAAAUCACCUUUCACCGAUCCAGACGCACCGCCUAGUCGGAUAACGGUUGUUGCGGAGGAAUCGGAAAUGCCGACAACGAUAAUGCCACCAGCACAAAUUGAAGAUGCUCAAAAUGCAGCUGCAGUUAGUAGUCCUCCUCUCCCAGCGCUUAUUAAAAGGGUAGAAAAUGAAUUAACUGAUAAUCCGUUUCGUCCAGAAGAAUCUCUGUUUCAUGAAGUUGAUCCUAUCGUGGAAGCAUAUAAAAGAAAACCUUAUCCACCGUCGCUACCAGGUUCACCGAAUACAACACCCAUCGCUAAUCAGGCAUAUUUAAACGAUUCAGGCAUUUCACCAUCAUCAUUAGUACCGGAUAAAGGAAUGGAAGCUCAGGUGACGGGCACAGCACCACUGUUGAAUAGCAAUGAUCGAGUUGGUAUGGAAGAUGGUAUGGCUGAUUUGCCAAAAGCUCGACAAGUGGAGUGUGUGCGCAUCGAAAAAAAAAAGAAGCGCACAUCAAUGAAGGGAUUGUCAUUUACCAAAUAGUGUCGGCAAGGCAGUUCACACAUACCCCAGCUUGGCUUUAAUUAUUGUGUUUGUGCCAAAAAUAUCGCCGAAGAAUAUGCAGUAUGUAAAAAAAAAAAGGAAUCAAUGAAUUCAAAGAUAUAGCGCUUCUUCCUUGUAUUUUUUUUACCUGGAAAUUGAUCGUAUUCUACGGUUGAUCUCCAUUUGAGCAUAUGAUCGGGCUGGCAGACAAAAUGGAGGUCGCAAAUUC